AUGGUGAAAAAAAGCAAAGGUCGUCAAAAGAUAGAGAUGGUCAAAAUGAAAAACGAAAGUAACCUUCAAGUUACUUUUUCGAAAAGAAGAUCUGGACUUUUCAAAAAGGCUAGUGAGCUUUGUACACUUUGUGCUGCAGAAAUCGCCAUAAUUGUGUUUUCACCCGGUCGAAAAGUCUUUUCUUUCGGUCAUCCGAGUGUUGAAACUGUGAUUGAUCGAUUCUUAAACAAUAACCCACCACAUCCUCACCAACAUAACAACAUGCAACUCAGUGAAGUCCACAGAAAUUCUGUUGUUCAUGAUCUGAAUAUCCAUUUGACUCAGCUGUUGAGUCAACUAGAAUCUGAGAAGAAAAAAACUGAAGAGCUAAGGAAAAUGAGAGAGAAAACAAAAGCCCUUGGAGACUGGUGGGAAGAACCCGUUGAAGGACUUGCGUUAAAUCAACUCAGUGAAUUCAAAGGUAAUCUUGAGAAUUUGAAGAAGAUAGUUACACAUGAAGCUUCCAAAUUUUUUCAAGCAACAGUUCCAAACUUUUAUGUGGGAAGCUCUAGUAAUGCUGCUUUUGGGCUUGAUGAUGGGAGUCAUAUCCACCAUGAUAUGGACAUGUUUAGUCAAAGAAGAAUGAUGGACAUAAAUGCCUUCAACUACAACCAGAACCCGAUUCACCCUAAUCCUGCUUUACAGUUUGGAUACAGUAAUCAUGGUAACAUCAAUGAAGGGUUUGUUCAGGAGUACAAUAUGAACUACAGACAAGAGUAUAAUCCAAACCACAACCAAAACCUAAACCAGAGUUUUAAGAGAGAAAGCAUCUCUGAAUAUGAAUAUCAUCAUGGUCAAGGUCAAGGUCAUCCUCCACACUCUAGGUCUGGUUACUGAUAAUCCUUUGUUAUGUGAUCCAAUUAAAAGCGUGUUUUAGGUUAUCUUUAUUUCUUGUUGUUAUGUUGUGUUGUUGUUGUUGUUUCUUUGUUGAAGUUGU